GGUAGCUGCCUACUAGCUACAUAAUUUAUUAACAACUACAGAAAUCGAUUGCAUAACUCUUGAAACAGGCAGCAAAAUUACAGCACAGUAUUAUAGUACAUUCCUGAAUGCUAGAAGUGAAAUACCUCGAAAAACAAGAAGUUAGAAAUGCGUGUGCAAAUGCUUUAUGUGCUGAUAAUUUGCCUUGGUGAUGUUUCGUUCAUCAAUGGAUUCUGGGACGACAGGGAUUAUCAUGAUGAUUUAGAUGAUGAGUCAGAUCCAGAUGAGUUGCCGGACGACUGGCGUAACCGGAUAGAUCCUGCCAUUAUGAAUGAAAGCUUGUCUGCUCCAAACGGUUCCAGAACUCUGGAAAAUGACAUUAUGUUUGCUGAUGCUAGCGUCGGGCUUGAUUCGAGUAACGUAACAGGAAGUCUGCCUCUGGUACUGUGGCCGAACGGAAAGAUACCAUAUCAAAUGAGCCAACAGUUUGGAUCUCCAGACCAAUUUCUUAUUCACGAAGCAAUGGCAAUCAUCGAGCGCAAAACAUUUCACUGUGUUACGUUUACGGCAAGACAGGCGGAAGCGAACUUCAUCCACUUCCUUCCUGGAGAAAAUUGUUCGUCCUACGUGGGCAUGCGGGCCGAUGGUGGCAUGCAGCCCGUCUUUUUGGACCCGGCCAGGUGCAUUCAGAUGGGAAUAAUCCAGCAUGAAAUUCUGCACGCACUCGGACUGUUCCACGAGCACAGUCGGAGUGAUCGGAAUGCCAGUGUGAUCAUCUACGAAAACGAGAUUAUGAAUAGUCACAAAUCACAGUAUCGUAUUAUCCCCAAUAUGCCAACCUUCGGAACAGAUUACGAUCUGAAUUCCCUUAUGCACUACGGUCCGUACGACUUCGCUAAAUCUACGGACCACCCGGUCAUCAUUCCCAGGCAAAAAGGCAUCUAUCGCAUGGGUCAACGCGACGGUUUAAGCGUGCGCGAUGCCGCGAAGUUGCGCAACGCCUAUAAAUGUCAGGUCAGCCAGGAGGACCAGGAGACCGAUGAGGGGGAGCAAUCGUUUCCCGGUUUCUCCACAGCACCGAUGACCGCUGAACAGUGUGCACUGCAGUUUAAUGGCUAUUGUAGCAAUCCGUCCGUUAACCGUGAUAACUGCAGCCAUGAUACGGUUUUCUACAUCCAGUGUAACGAGUCAGCCAUGUAUACCGAUGUACACGCCACGACAGCUGCUUUAGCAAAAGCGCCCCUGCGACCGUUAAUUAUCUGGCUUAUGUGGAGACACGUGACACCGUCGAUAUUGUCGCCCGUUGACAAACAGAUUAUUUCUUUAGCGACAGAAACCUGCCUCGUGCGUAAUCCAACGGCUAUUCUGCCCAGAUUCUCGUUUAUUAAUCUGCAACAGUUAAUGCUGAUCAACUGUUGGGACAUGCGUAUCAAAAAAUCGGAUUUUCAGUCUUUGCUAAAGUUGCAAGUGAUUAUUUUCAACCACGCAACAAUCUUGUACUUAGAGAAAGGUACUUUUACGAACUUACCAGAGCUGAAAAUUAUUGCGUGGCACCACAACCUUUCAACCGCUUUUGGCAAAAGCGUUGCCGAUGGUAUUAACAGCAUUCCCUACUUCGUUCAGAGCCAAAUUGAUUAUCUGAAGCGAAUUCACUGUGGUUGCCAGUUUGGCUGGCUGAGAAAAUGGCUUAAACAGAAAAACAUGCUGAAAGCCGUGCCGUCGCGUUCUGUGUUAUUCUACGGCGCCGAAUGGGGCAAUAUAGGGAUUGCACAAAACGACGUCUACAUUCCACUGGACUGUGCAGCGCAACCGUUCCCGGUUGACUUUACUAUGAUUAACUUCACCCAGAAGGAAUUUUCGCUCCAUGAACCACUUUGUCUAGCCGGCACGUACAAUGCCACCUACGAGAGCUUCAAAUUCCGGCGACCCUUUUCCGGUACUCGAAUUGAUCCGACACAGUGCAUCAUGCAGUUUGGAAGGUCCUGCAAACCGAAUAAGUUUAUCUCUCCUUCACCCGACGAACGGGAAGCGAUGAUCACGAAAACGGACUAUUGUCGAAAACUGUAUCGGAGUUCCCUGCGCAGCUUACAAAUUAGCUGCUGGUCUAAUACUACGGUGCGGGAGAUGCAGGAAAUUAGUUUCGCCCUGGCUAAACCGCCCAUACGCCGGGUGGACGUGUCCCUGUCUGACGGGGAUUAUAUAGUCUACCGAGCCUUUGCGCCAAUCCGAGCGCAGAUUCUAGUUUUAUAUCUGUAUGACUGUGUGGACAGUUACCCCACGGCAAAACUGGCGGAUUUGAGUCUGGGGAAUCUCAUGUCGCUUGUCGUUCAUAAUUGCCCAGAUAUUCUCGUACAAGCAGAAGAUUUCAAUGCUGUUCCAAAUCUAUUUACUUUACUGUUCAAUAAUUCGACCGUAAACGGCAUGAAUCCAUCCGUAUUUGCUGCUUUAUCGAAUCUCCGAAUUAUUUCUUUGGAGUUCGAUGCCAGCAAAAUGCUAAGCACUCCAUCCCCAUCCGCGUACCAUCAGUAUCUGCAGAAGCUGCAUUGUGGCUGUGAAUUCCGUCAGUACCGAAGGUGGUUGCAGUCGCAACUGAUCGAUCACAUGCGCAUCUGGUAUGCCGUGGACAUGGUUCACUCUAAGGUCAGCGCCAAGUCAGUUUGCAGCAAAAAAAUACCAUCCAGCGGGGCGAUAAUUAUUCCCAUUGCGUUCGAAGAAUUUGAAGUCGGAAUACCACAACAGUGGAUGUGCUAUAGAAAAGAUGCCCUGUAUCUACCUGUUGACUGUGCCAAUGCUCAAAAUAACAGUGUUCGAACGGCAGUAAACGUCCAUCAACGUAAUUAUUCAAUCAACGUUCCACCUUGUGAGAAACAAGUAAAGCCAGAGGCAUCGCUGCUAACAGCACCCGCUUCCCAGGAAUGCUGUGCUGACAGAAAGCCGGCCCACUACGCAGACUUUGCUCUUAUGGAAGGAUGGACCGCGGGCCUCAGCCAACCAAUUCUCCAAGAACGCCGAUCCGAAUUGACCGCAAAAGCGGUGGACGCAGCCGGCAGGCUGUAUUACUAUGACGACCAGAUGCUAAGUGGCGACCCCACUUUCGAAUCCGCGUCAUCUCCUAAAAACCGGAUUUGGUCGGAAAAUGGCACAAUUAAUGUGUUGCUACUCAUGUAUCUUUUACCAUGGCGGGAGAGCGAAGUGGGCAUGUGGAAGUUCUCGGCUGGGAAUCGGUGAAGCUCCGGCUGCGCACCUGGUGUGUACGCGCUUGCGCACCUGGUAUGUGCGCGCCUGCGCACCUGCCGGUGUGCGCGCUUGCCGGUUUCCUUUCCCUGCACCUCAAACCCCAAAGAAAACCCCAAACAAGCGGAAGCCGGAAAGCUGGAGCCGCUGAGAUUGGUCAGUAAAUUCCGGUUCCGGUUCGCGAGGGCGUAGAUGGCGCUUUGGUAACAGGAUUAGUAAAGAUGUGGGGGUUAGGAUGGCCAAGACAAAGCAGGGAGGUCAGGCUUCGUUGGCGUUGUCAUCCCGUGCGUGUGAGUUGCCCGCUCUGCCGUGGCUGUAGUCUCCGUGGGCACUCGAUCCGCAGGUGGCGCAAGUGUGCUUACGGCCGUUCACGCAGGGCGUCGAGCAAAA